UCUUGGACGAAUCGUUUUUUUUAUCCAAUCAAGAUAUGGAUUAUAGGAAUAGUGGGUUAUGUUACUAUCGCAACUGUGGCGUGUAUAUGUUUCUUUGCAAGAUGGUUAAAUGAAAGCUGAUUGCAGGUUUUAGGAGAAAAUGUGUAGGGAAGCGUAUCCGAAGACGUACAUACUUAUGGCUUUUUAAAUGAAAAUCUAGACACAAUUUAGUAGGAUAUUUUAUGUGUCUUACUGUAUCAUCUUCAUCAUGGAACUAAGUUUAAAUCGCAUUGAUUAUGUACAGGUGGGAGUGACAUCACAGAAAACUAUGAGGCUUCUUCCUUCUUAUGGACGAAGAGCGACACAAAAGGUGGCAAUUGCAGAUCAGGAUGGAGUGUUGACUUGUUUUGGUAUCAAGAAAGGGGAAGCUGUGCCCAUAUUCAAGACUUUGCAAGGACCAAAGAUAUCAAGACUGGAGCUUGGAGGUGCCUAUGGCACACCUCAGGAAAAAAUAUUUGUUGCCAUUGGGUCAGAGGUUCGAGGAUUCACGAAGAAAGGGAAGCAGUUCCUUUCAUUUGAAACCAACCUGACAGAAAGCAUCAAAGCUAUGUAUGUGUCUGGUGCAGAUCUCUUGCUGUGUGCUAGUUACAUCUACAACCAUUAUGCUGACUGCAAAGAUCAGAACUACUAUCUUUCUGGGGAUAAAAUCAAUGAUGUUAUAUGUUUACCAGUGGAGAAGAUUGGUCAAAUGAGGCCCAUACUAGCUUGCCAAGACAGAGUUCUCAGGGUUUUGAAGGAAUCUGAGUUGUUGUAUGAAGUUGAAGUUCCUGGACCGCCAUCAGUGCUGGCUUUAAGCAGUGGCAAUGGAGGUGACACAGGAGAAGAUUUGGUUUAUGGAACAUCUGAUGGUGCACUAGGACUGGUUCAAAUCACCAGCAACUUGCCAGUAAAUAAAUGGGAAAUUCAAAAUCUAAAAAAAAGAGGAGGUAUUUUGUGUAUGGAUUAUUUUGAUAUACUUGGUGAUGGAGUUAAUGAUUUACUAGUGGGGAGAGAUGAUGGAGUCCUGGAGAUUUACAGUUUUGACAGUGCAAAUGAACCAUCACUACGAUAUGACCAUGUCUUGGCUGAAAGUAUCACAUCUGUCCAGGGUGGUUGUGUUGGAAAAGAGGGUUAUGAUGAAGUAGUAACAGCUACAUAUACAGGAUGGGUGACAGGACUAACUACAGAACCAGUUCACAAAGAAUUUGGACCAGGAGAUGAAAUAAAAAUCAGCCCAGACAUGCAGAACAAAAUUGCAACCCUCAGGACAGAGCUCGAGCAGCUGCAAAUGAAAGUUUUGCAUGAACGUGAAAAGUACCUUCAGUCAGCUCAGUCUAGCACUGCCAUCUCAGCAGUACCCAUGUUCAAUGUCAAUGACAAGUUCACACUAAACAGAGAUGAUGCUAGCUAUAGCCUUAUCCUGGAAGUACAGACUGCUAUUGACAAUGUCCUGGUACAGAGCGAUGUUCCCGUAGACCUGUUAGAUGUAGAUAAAAACUCUGCAGUGGUUAGUUUCAGUGGCUGUGAAGCUGAGCCAAAUGGUAACUUUUUGCUGGCCACAUAUCGAUGCCAAGCAAACACUACAAGACUGGAGCUGAAGAUACGGUCUAUUGAAGGUCAGUAUGGUACAAUACAGACAUACAUAACUCCCAGACUUCAGCCUAAAACCUGCCAAGUUCGUCAGUACCAGAUCAAGCCUCUGUCGUUACACCUGAGGACUCAUGUGAUUGAUCGUGACAGGCCAAUGAAUACAUUGACGCUGACUGGACAAUUUAGUUUUGCUGAAAUCCAUUCAUGGGUGAAUUUCUGUCUUCCUGAAGUCCCAGAAAAGAUACCAGUAGGAGACAAUGUUACUUUCUACUUUGAGAAUACAUUUUUGGGUACAGAGCUGGAGUGUACAUACAGGAAAGGAGAAGGAAUGUUUAAAUCUGACAAUAUAUCUACAAUAUCCAUUUUGAAGGAUGUGCUGUCAAAAGAAGCCACCAAAAGAAAAAUCAGCCUGAACAUAUCGUAUGAUAUCAAUGAAGAAUCAGUAAAUCACACACUGAGACUAAUCCAUCCUAAACUAGAAUCUCAGCUAUUGCUGGCUAAGAAAGUCCAGUUAAUUGACGCACUAAAGGAGCUACAGGUUCAUGAAGGAAACACUGACUUCUUGAUCCCAGAAUACAGAAGCAUUCUAGAAAAGUCUGAUCACCUGCUAGAAGAAUAUAAGAAACAGCCAGCCCAUCUUGAAAGGCUUUAUGGAAUGAUCACGGAUCUCUUCAUAGACAAAUUUAAAUUCAAAGGCACUAAUGUGAAAACCAAAGUUCCUCUUCUGCUGGAAAUUUUGGAUAAUUAUGAACUGAAUGCAUUGAUAUCAUUUUUUGAUUCUCCAUAAGUAUAGCUGAAUGGUGUAAUGGACAUUGUUAAAUAUCAGCAAGUCUUAAUAAAGCGGAAAACACAAAAGAACUGAGAAUGAUUAUGAGUCUCUGUUUCACUGCAGUCAGUUAUGGCUUCAUAAGCCAUACAAUCAUUUACCCUUUAAAUACACUUUUAAUUCUUCAUUGUAAAUAUUAAUGUUAAAUAAAGGCAAGGCUCCUAUUCGAUCUUU